CUGUUUUAGUUACUAAAGGGUACUUGUUUUAGUUAGGGUUUCUAUUGCUGUGAUACAGACACCAUGACCUGGAGAAAAGAGGGAUUGUUUCAUCUUGUAGUUCCAUAUCACUGUCCAUCACUGAGGGAAGUCAUGACAGGAAGUGAAGCAGAGGCUGCUUAUUCGUUUCCUCCUCAUGACUUGCCUAGCCUGCUUUCUUAUAGCACCCAAGAUCACCAGCCCAGUGCUUGCACUGUCCACAGUGAGCUGGGCCCUCCCAAGUCAAUCAUCAAGAAAAUUCAGGACAGGUUUGUCCACAGUCCAAUCUAGGGGACAUUUCAUAAUUGCUUUCUUCCAAAAUGAUUCUACUUUGUGUCAAAUUGACAAAACUAGCCAGCACAGUACUAUAUAUCCCUACAUUUGUAAAUUAUCACCUUUAGGCACAGAGACCCUUGGAGCUAGUAGUAUACUGCUGCCCCAGUUCCAAUUGUGGGUUGGAGUAGAUGGGUUGGGGUCUAGGCAGCCAAAGGAGAGCCAGUGCCUCAUUCACUGCAGAGGUGUGGUCUCCAGGAUAGCACUGUGUUCUUUGGGAGAACCACAGGUGUCUGGGGGCUGUUUGGUAUCUUGCUCACUUUGCAGAAAUGAACCCAUCUGUAUGACUGGAACCUUAACUCAGGGUAUGGUCCUUUGUGCUUCAAGCUUCCUACCUGACUGCUUGCCUUCUGGUUGGUGUGCAGGUCCCUGCUCUGCUCUUCCCUACUGCAUUUCUACCACAUUCCUUGAUUCUCUGUGCUCAGUGCUGUUUCUGGCAGAGCACAACCCUUUGAUGGCCUUAUGUUUAUAAGUAGUAUCUCUAUGGCUGUUUCUGCUUUUAUGGUACACAGUGGCCUGGAGGGGAAGAUAACUGAAACUCACAGUGGCACCAUCCCUUGAGUGUUUAAGCUUGGAGAGGUGCCUAUGUCAGACCUAUACCAAGAAACACCCUUUUCUGUUCUGAAGGCCAUGGUGGUUUUUAGCUAGCCUAGUUGGGAUUCUGCCUCAGAUCCUAGGUUGAACAUCAAUCUUUGUGAUGUCAUUGGGGUGGGGAGAUGUGUGUAUAUAUUGUAAAAUAUUGCUACCAACAGCAGCUGACUUGAGCCCUCCAUGUCUCCAUUUGGAUAAACUAAGUGGUUAGGACUGUUGUGGUAAAGGGUUCCUAUGUGGGUCGAACUUCUUGGGCUACAAGCUGUGAUAUUUGUAUCUUUAAGAAGAAUGGCCAGGAGCCGGGUGGUGGUGGCGCAAGCCUUUAAUCCCAGCACUCUGGAGGCAGAGCCAGGCGGAUCUCUGUGAGUUCGAGCCUAGCCUGGGCUACCAAGUGAGUUCCAGGAAAGGCGCAAAGCUACACAGAGAAACCCUGUCUUGAAAAAAACAAAAACAAAACAAAAAAAGGCCAGGUUGGGACUUUAUCUUGUCCUUGUCCCCUGACCAGCAGGGGCUUCUUUACUCUGCCACCUUUGCAUCAGAAAAUUCCACUUAGCACUCAAGGUUGAACAACUGACCUAGAGGCAUUGCUGGUAAAGGUGAUGGAAUACAUUGGGCUUGCCUGUGGGUUCUUUCCAUCAACUCUUCUACACCUACUAGCACAGAUGCUGCUGUGCAGGGAAGGGGUAUAUCAGGUCAUUUUUGUUUUCUCCCCAUAUCUGUUACCACCCCGACCUCCCCUUCUGAUUAUCCUAUCUCUUGUUCUUUGUAGCUGCUUGUCUAGGUUGUUCUAUGAACGUUCUGGUAGUUCAAUUAUGGAACCUUUUCUCCCUUCUGUACUGUGUUGAGCUAUUUGACCUUGGAAUAAUCUAGUGCUGGAGGGAUUGAGGUCUAGGUGCCUCCUCUGCUUCAGCUGCUAACUGGCCUGCAAGCUGGGUAUAUAGCCAUAUCCCAGCUUCAGUUCCCAGGCUGGAAUCCCAGGUGUCCUGUGAAUUUUCUUCCUGAAGCUGCUGUAACUAAGUGCCAAAAACUGGUUGGACUAAAACUAGAGAUUAUUGUCUCCGGGUCUGUUUCAUGGUUUAAUCAAGGUGCUUGCUGCUACAGCUACUGCAAGUGCUGGGGAAAGAUGCUGCAAAUCUCUGGAUCUGACCGCAUUCUGGGCUCAUUUAUGCAUUGUUUCAGACUUCAAAGGGCACACUCUCUAAAUCCUCUGCAUGCUUCCAAGUUUUCACUUACACGAAGACUAAUAUUAGAUCAGAGCUUACCCAGAGCAUCAUUUUGCCGAUAUAAAGACCGCAUUUCCAACGGUCAUGAAUUACUGGGGUUAAUUUCAAGAUACAUACAUUUUUGGGACAUAGUUGGAUCCACAAGGUGUAAAAACCUCGUUUCCCUAAACCUGUUACUAUACAGGAAUUUUCUUGAGGGCUUCUGCAUCAUCUUGAGAUGAGGUUUUUCUUCCUCUUUCCCUAAGCCCGUGCUUCUUGCUGCGGUCCUCCGGUUGAUAGGGGGCGCAGCAGCUCUGCUGUUUCUGCGGACCGGAAGUCUCCCAGGGUCUGAUGUGACUGAGGAAAGUGGAGAGGCUGUCGCGCACGCAUCUUCUGGUUUUGACUCGAUGGCGGGCAGCGGCUCGGGGACGCUGCAGGCUCUGCAGGCAGUGGAUACUGAGUUUACUGCGGACUCGGUAGAGUGGUGCCCAGUAGAGGGUUGCCAGCACCUAAUGGCCUGUGGAACCUACCAGCUGCGAACGCCGGAGGACCAGCCUGCACUGGAUGUCAGUGAGCCUCAAGUUCGUUUAGGUCGUCUCUACCUGUAUAGUUUCAAUGAGGACAACACGGCUAAACCUCUGGUUGAGGUCCAAAGAAGGGAUUCUUCUGCCAUCCUGGACAUGAAAUGGUGCCAUAUCCCAGUGUCUGGCCACAUACUCUUAGGCUUGGCAAAUGCCAGUGGAUCUAUAGAGCUGCUCCACCUGAUGGAAUGUGAGAAGAACAGUUACACCCUACAAUCAAUUUCCAGCCUUAUCCUGGAGGAGAGAUGUCUCUCCUUGUCCCUGGAUUGGUCAACUGGGAAACCUGGAAGGGUCAGAGACCAGCCCUUGAAGAUCAUUAGCAGUGAUUCUAAGGGGCAGCUGCAUCUCCUGAUGCUGAAGGAGGGAGUGGCUGAACUCCAGCUAGUGGCUUCAUGGCCAGCCCAUCACUUUGAGGCCUGGAUUGCUGCUUUCAAUUACUGGCAGACAGAACUCGUGUAUUCAGGGGGAGAUGACUGCCUUCUAAAAGGCUGGGACACUAGGAUGCUUGGCACACCUGUCUUCACUAGCAAAAGACACUCCAUGGGUGUGUGCAGCAUCCAGAGCAACCCCCAUCAGGAACAUAUACUGGCUACUGGAAGCUACGAUGAGCACGUUCUGCUGUGGGACACUCGGCACAUAAAGCAGCCACUGGCAGACGUGCCGGUGCAAGGAGGCGUGUGGAGGCUCAAGUGGCACCCAGUCCACCGCCACCUACUCCUGGCGGCCUGCAUGCACAACGGCUUCAAGAUUCUCAACUGCCAGACGGCCAUUGAGGAGAAGCAGGACGUGACUGUCUUAAUAUCCCACGAAAUGCCUAACUCAUUAGUGUAUGGGGCUGACUGGUCCUGGCUUCCUUCCCGUUCCAUGAAGCCUACACCCACCUGGUCCUUCGAUCAAAAUGACAUGGGAAUGAGAGCAGUAGACUGCCACAGCCUGAAGGUUGCAGAGGAGUCACCAGCACCUUUCCAUGAACAAAUAGUGGACCACCAUGUGGAAGGCCCUGCUAAAGCUCACAGCAGAGUUGAAUUGAAGGCCUCUCUCCUUCCAUCAACAGAGGACAUGAAAAGCAGCAGCCAACUGCGCUCCUCUUCCAAGAUCAGUGAUCUCAGCCUCUUUAGUGGAAGGAAUUUUGACAAGAGCCUCCUGGCCACCUGCUCCUUUUACGACCAUGUUCUCCACCUCUGGAAGUGGGAGACAAAGCAAGCUUGAGGCUGCAUUCUUUGCAUCUUUCCUGGAUGUGACUUGGGGAGUGCUGGCCUUUGAGAAUGGACUUUCUGAUUCUGUUUUGGCAGUGAAUGGGUUUUCCAGCUCUACAACUAAGUGUCUUGGGUAUAUUUUGUAUUUUCAGCCCUUCGUUUGUAUUUAAGUCCUUAUUUGUAUUAAUUAAAUAACUUCAAAUUUUUAAAUUUUUUUUUAAAAAUUA